AUGUCGCAUCUAGCUCUGCCAUCUUCAGCUCGAGCAUCGCCUUCACCAUCAGCUUCAGCCUCAUCACCCCGGAAAGGAGGAAAGAAACGACAACUGGAUAGGGUACUAUUAGACGAAGAGGAUGAUGUGGAUGAGAACGAUUUAAUCGCAUUACCGACUUCACGAAGAAGAUUGAAUGAAGAGUACGAUGAAGAAGACGAGGGGGAAGAUGAAGAACAUGAUCAUGAACAUGACGGAGAUGUAGAGGGAGAAGGGGAAGCCGAGGAAGGUGGAGCGGGAGCAGGAGCAGGGGAGGGUAGAAGGAGGGAAAGAUUAGGAGGGAAAGACGUUGAUGAAUCGAUAAUAAAAUUGAGAUUGGAAAGAGAGAAAGAAAGGAAAAAAGCGGAUGAGAUUGAUAAGAAAGGUAAAAAAAGAAGAGCAGAAACUUUCCUCCUGCGUGAUCAACUUGAUCAAGAACAAGCUAAGAGGUUUGAUACUUUCUCAACUGUAGCAAUAAACAAAAACGCGAUAAAGAGACUGAAUCGAGAAUUGUACGAUCAACACUGUUCUCCACAAGUAUCGAUGGUAGUAGCAGGUAUGGCUAAAAUAUUCGUUGCGGAUGUAAUUGAAUUAGCAAAAGACCUGCAACCUCAUUCUGCUCAUCCGAAAGGUCCAUUACAGCCUUAUCACCUCAAACUAGCCAGAAUGCACCUAGAACAAUCUGGUUUAUUAGCAGAUAGGAAACAAGCAAAGAGGUCUUUGUUCAAGAAGUGA